AUGUCAACAAACAUCUUUACUGUCCGUCAAUUCUUAGAGCAAUUGAAAAAUGUACACUUACCCAAGAUCAUAGGGUCAACUAUGAAUUUAAACAUAGUAUAUGGUAAUGAGAGUGCAGAUUUUGAUUCCAUUACGAGCGCCAUUUCAUAUGCUUAUUUCAGUUAUAUUCACCAUGGUUAUCAGAAGGGUAUCAAUCCUAUCAUUCCUAUCAUUAAUAUCCCUAGACUUGAGUUAAAAUUAAGGAAGGAUGUUAUGAUUGCACUGGAUAAGAUGUCCAUUAAUGAAGAUACCUUAUUUUUCAUGGAUGAUUUAGACAAAUGGGAGGAUAUUCAUAAAGGGAAAGUGUCAGCUAGACUUGUAGAUCAUAAUGAUCAACCAAAACAACAGUAUGGAGUGGACAAAGUUACUGGGAUCAUUGAUCAUCAUUUUGAUCAGAAGAAUUUCUUAGACGCUAAACCAAGAAUUAUAAGACCUACGGGGAGUUGUACUUCUUUAGUUUUCAAUUAUUGGUAUGAUAUGUUGGGGAAAUCAUUGGAAAAGAUUAUUGAUAUUAUCCCAUUAUGUUUAGGAGGUAUUCUUUUAGAUACUUCUAAUCUUAAACAUAAAGUUGAAGAUCCAGAUUUAGAAGCUAUGGCGCAUCUAAAAGAAGGGUUGAUUCAAUAUAAUGAGACUUCCUUAUCCAAUAUUGAUAUUGACAGUUAUUAUAAGGAAUUAAACCAUGCUAAGAAGGAUAUACGUGACUUUAGUGUGAAAGAUAUUCUUUGUAAAGAUUAUAAACAAUUUGAAUUCAAGACCAAAAAUAAUGUUCCAAUCGUCAUCGGUGUUGCUUCUAUAGUUAAAUCUUUGGAUUGGUUGUACAAGAAUAUCUCUCCAGAUUCCAGUUUCAAGAAGCAAUGUGUUGAAUUUAGAAAUGAACGUAAAUUGACCGUACUUGUGUUAAUGACUAAGAAGUCCGAUGAAAAUGGGUUUAAGAGAGAAUUAGGUAUCAUACCAGAUCCAUCUUUCAAACCAGAAAACGUUAAUAAACUUGUUGACAUGAUUACAGGUCAAUUAGCAUUAGUCAACGACACUAUAAGUACCAUGACAGACACUGAAGAAGAUCCAUAUUUGGUCUUUGAUCAGCAGAAUGUCCAGGCAACCAGGAAGCAAGUGGUCCCCUUUGUGAAGGAAGCCAUUGAGCAGUUGACCGUUUAG